AUGCAAGAAACGACGAACCAGUUUCUCGCCCUACGAACGGGAACUUCUACACCGCUUCCAAGACAUACGAAGGCCUACCUGUCUGCGACUGUUUACGUGGAAGAUGUCAAUGAUCACGACCCAGUCUUCAUCGACGCCCCCUACGAGGUCAACGUUGAUGAACUCACCCCCACCGGUCUCACAGUCUUCCGAGGCGUGCAGGCCGUUGACAUGGACAAGCCCAACACUCCCAACUCGGAGCUGAUCUACACCCUCACGGCUGGCAACCCCGACGGGAGGUUUUCCCUGGAGAUGACAGGUCAGAGGCCCGCCCUCGUCCUCAAGAAAACCAUAGUAGUAACUUCACCCAAACAAUUUCCUGUGUUAUGCCGAUGUUACGUCUAUGAGAACACCUGUCUUCGAUAUGAUCUAUUCGGCAGCACGUUCUCGAGAGAUCCUAUUCGCCAAUUUCACUCUCUACUAUAG